ACACAUAGUCCUGUUUCUUUAAGAUUCUCUUUUGUUAUAAACAAGUAUAUAUUCAUUACCAUUUCUAACUUUCUCAUUUCUCUCCUUUCAUUUCUUGCAACAAAAAGUGUAUCCAUAUAUCUUCAAAAGUUGGUUUUGUUUUCUUUUUUCCCAAGUUUUUGUGCUUUUUAAGGUACAAAAAUUAACUUAGUAAUUGUUUUGGGCCACUCGUGCGUCUGUCAGGAUUGAGUACCGUUGUCGUUGUUGUUUAAUUGUUAGUUUAAGAUAAGAAAAGGAAAAAAAGUGUUUGAAGAUGAAGUUUAUGAAACUUGGAUCCAAACCUGAUGAUUCAUUUCAGACUGAUGGUAACAAUGUCUGGUAUGUGACUUCUGAGUUAGCAACUGAUGCCAUCAUCAAUGUAGGAGAUUCAAAGUUUUAUCUACAUAAGUUCCCCCUUUUAUCCAAAUGUGGUCGGUUACAAAAACUAGUAGGAAGCACAACUGAAGAAAUCGACAUACAUGAAAUCCCGGGUGGUUCUACAGCGUUUGAAAUAUGUGCUAAGUUCUGUUAUGGUAUGACAGUAACCUUGAACGCGUACAAUGUUAUGUCGACAUAUUGUGCUGCUGAUUAUCUUGAAAUGUAUGAAACAAUUGAUAAAGGAAAUCUUGUUUAUAAGAUCAGUGUUUUUCUCAACUCGAGCAUUUUUAGAAGCUGGAAAGAUUCGAUUAUUGUUCUGCAAACCACUAAAUAUAUGAAAUCUUUCUCUGAAGAACCAAAGCUAGUUAACCUUUGUAUAAACUCGAUAGCUGCAAAAGCAUCGGUUGAUGUCUCUAAGGUUGACUGGUCUUAUACUUAUAACCGUAAGAAACUUCCUGAAGAAAUAGAACCUGUAGAAGAGAUUAGAACCCGAAUGGUACCAAAAGAUUGGUGGGUCGAGGACUUAGCUGAGCUAGAAAUAGGUUUGUAUAAACAAGUUCUUGUGAGUAUAAAAAGUAAAGGUUUGGUAUGUAAUGAAGUGAUUGGCGAAGCGUUAAGAGCGUUUGCCUUGAGAAGAUUACCAGGAUUUCACAAGGGUAUUGUUCACAGUGGUGAUGUUGUAAAAGCUAAAUCUGUAGUGGAUAUUAUUGCCUGGUUAUUGCCACAAGAGAAAGGCUGCGUUUCGUGUGAAUUCUUGCUAAAAUUGUUAAAAAUGGCAAUUUUGGUUGAUUCGGGGGAAACUGUGAAAAGGGAGUUGGUUAAAAGGAUUGGUCAGCAGUUAGAGGAGGCUAAUGUGGAAGAUCUUUUGAUUCAAGCUAAAGAAGGUGAUGGUGAGACAGAAAGCAUGAUAUUUGAUGUGAAUAUAGUCAAUCAGAUAGUGAAGGAGUUUAAUGUUCAAGAUCAGAAUGGUGACUUUGAAGAUGAACAUGAGAUUCAAGAAACAGGAAGAACGAAUGGAGGGAUUUUAUCUGAAGCUUCAAAGUUAAUGGUAGCUAAAUUGGUUGAUGCUUAUUUAGCUGAAAUAUCAAAAGAUCCAAAUCUACCUGUUGGGAUGUUUGUAGAUCUCGCAGAGAUGGUGUCGGGUGCCUCUAGAGCUUCUCAUGAUGGUCUCUAUCGAGCCAUUGAUAUGUAUCUCAAGGCACAUCCUGGGAUCAGUAAGAGUGAAAGGAAGAGAAUAUGCAGGCUGAUGGAUUGCAAGAAGCUUUCAGUAGAUGCAUGUAUGCAUGCUGUUCAGAACGAGAGGCUUCCAUUGCGUGUGGUGGUGCAAGUUCUCUUCUUUGAGCAAGCUAGAGCUGCAACCUCUUCCGGUAGCAGCACUCCCGAUCUUCCCAAAUCAAUGAAAGCUCUAACUGUCUCCAAUGGAAGACCUGCAGCGCACCAAGAAGAUGAAUGGGAUGGUGUUGCAACAGCCGAAGAACUAAAGGCGUUGAAGGAUGAGCUAGCAGUGUUAAGAACAAGGCAACAUGGCCCUAAGAGCACUGUAUCAGACAAGGCUUCGGUUCCUAGAGUCAAAGGAUUACUUUCAACUAAGAAACUACUCUCGAAGAUUUGGUCAAGCAAAGGUGGAAUUAGAGAGAAUAGCGGGUCGAGUUCCUCUGAAAGUCUUGGCUCCGCCAAUCCUGAUGAAACCAAGUCAACCCCUUCAAGAAAAGGGAGAUAUUCGGUGUCUUAAGCAUGCAUGGUCAGUAGUAUCAAUAUAGUUUUGAGCAAAAAGAAGAAUAUGAAGUUGUCUCUAGUCUUGAAUACAGGAAAGCACAAGUGUAAUAGUCUUUUCGAAUUCAUUUAGGUAGCUGGGCUUCUUUUGUUAAUUAAAGUAUGUAAUCAAUUAGGCAUAUGGGGUAAUAAGUAAUAACCCUAGAAUUGAUGAUUGAAAUGAAAUCGAAAGUCUAUUUAAGUA